AUUGGGCGGGAGAUGCUGGCCUCUGGGCCCGAGCGGCCGUCGGUGACGUCCGUUCGUCACGUGCACGGUUGUUGACGUGACGUGGCGCCCGGGCACUGGUGUAGAUGUGACAGAGGGGCCGUGACGUCACGCGGUGACAGCUCUAUCUUCCUCUCUCUUUCGCUCGCUUUAUCUCGUGGUCGCCGCCGGGGUGGGGGGGACACAACUUUUUGAGGGGGUCCCGCUGUGAUGACGAAGGGCCAUGUGGUGCAUUGGUGACUACCUACCGAUACGUUGAAGUCUCUUCAUCAUGAGUUGCCCCGAGAAGAAUGAAGAGUGCUCGCCUCCGCCAGCGAAACAGAGGAAGGUCUUGGAGACUGAGGAAAAGGAGAAGACUAAUGGAGCCCUCGAUCGGCCCGCAAGUCAGGAGGCUGAGGCUGCUCAGGCUCUGUGGGAUUUGAUCAACUGGCGGGAGCCGGGUGAUCAAAGAUCGGAAGGCAAAGAGCAACCAGGCAACGUUACGCCGCACACUCCGGAGAGAGGAGGUACAGAAGAUCCCCAUGUGAGACUCCCUGUGUGUACCCCUGAGAGGGGAGAUACAGGGGAGAGUGCCCAAGGGACGCCGCACAUCCCAGAAGGCGGCGAAACUGGAGAGAAGAACCCAACACCGUUAAAACCAGACCCUGUAAAGACUGACACGGAAGUAGAUGAAGAUCCAGGGGAUCAGCGUAGACGGAGUGCUCAGCAGAGCCUCGAGAGAGCAGAUUCAGAGGAGCCGGCUGUUUUGUCACCUCUGUCUUCGGAUUCAGAAGCGGGUGACCCCCGAUCGUGUAGUGAGGGUGAUGAGUGUUGCAUUGUGUCUGUUGGCACCCAGGCCACCAGCACCGAUCGUUCCCUACAGGCAUUGGAGUCUGUGCAGCAGGAACUCAGGGCAGUAAAUGAACGGGCUGACCGGGCUUUGCUCCAACUCAAAAGGCGUUACGGGCAGUUGAGAAAACCACACAUCCAGAAACGCAACGCCAUUAUUCGCACCAUCCCUGGUUUUUGGGUGACUGCUUUUCUCAAUCACCCGCAACUGUCGGCUAUGAUUGAUGACCGUGACGAGGACACGCUGAGUUACAUGAACAAAUUGCAGGUGGAGGACUUCACACACCUAAAGUCAAGUUGUAAGAUCAAAUUCUACUUCAACUCCAACCCUUACUUCAAGAAUGAUGUGAUCAUCAAGGAGUUUCAGUAUGGCUCCUCUGGACGCCUCACCUCUCAUUCCACUCCCAUUCGAUGGUGGCGUGGGCUAAAUCCAUCAAGUGAGAAGAACAGCAGCUCUGCACCCAGCUUUUUCAGCUGGUUUUCCGAUCACAGUUUCCCUGCUGCCGAUCGUAUAGCAACGAUCAUCAAAGAGGAUCUAUGGCCAAAUCCUUUGCAAUAUUACCUCAUCGGGGAGGGCGAUAGCGAUGAUCAAGGCGUUGAAGACAGCGACACAGACAACAUGGAUGAUUGUGUGGUCAUUGUUGAUGAUGAUGAAGAAGGGGAGGAGAACGAAGAAGAAGACGACGAUGAUGAAAAUGAUGUACAUGAAAUCUCUGAUAAUACAGAAAAACAAACUGAAGGAACUGAUGAUGAAGAUGACGAUGAAGAGGAUGACGUGGAAGGGGACUCUGUGCCCGAGGAAACGGUGGAGUCAACCAUCGGGGAGGAGACCGGUAUUGUGCUGGAUGCAGAGGAUUCAGAAAAUUCCUCAGCAGCAGCAGAAGAAGAAGAAGAAGAAGAAGGAGGCAACUCUGAGUAGGAUAUGAAGAUGGUGUUCCAUAGCUUGAGAUUAGGAGGGUGUAGGGAAAGCCGCUCCACCCCCACUAGAAGGCGAGUUGCACUGCAGGGAAUAAUGGUUUGCAGAAAACACAGUGAGUUACACCGUCAUAGAAUCAUUCAACCUUGCAGGGCUUCCCCUACCCCACUCCACAAGCAUGUCUAAUCAGGGACGAUGCGUUCAUACGCUUUUCUAGAUCAUGUAGUGGGGAAGCGGACAGACAUUCUACCCCAUUGCAGUCAUCCAUAGUAUUUGCACUGCAGAGUAGGCACACAGGAGCCAGACUUAAAUACUAAGUGUAUUAUGGUUAUCUAAUUUAAAAAGAAAAAGCAAACAAUGAUUCAGUAAAUUUUAUGAGUUUUUUUUUUAGGUAAAUAGAUAUAUACUUGCAUUUUUAUAA